AUGGAUAAGCACUGUUUCACUAAGGGAGACAUUCAUGCUGAGAUAUAUAGGGUGAAUAAGCAACUAUUUGAGGAUCAAAUAAUGGCAGCAAUGGAAUCAAUGUAUGGCAACAACUACGAAGAUGUGUGUAUUGGAGACGAGGGAGAUGAUCAGGAUGAGUAUUUGGAGCUACGUGAGCAGAGGAAGAGAGAGCUACGUGAUGCAAUUGAGCAGAAGCCACACAGACUAUGUGAAGCCGUUAAUAGAAUGACUGCCCUAAGAAAAACAGAUGACUCAAGUGAAUCCGUAAAGAUAUCGAAGCCAAGGACUACUCUAUUUCAUAGGGCAUUUAACUACAUAAAGAAUCUUCUUAUAGCCCUAUGGAAAAGGGUAUUCAAUAAACAAUAA